CCAAUAUGGAAGAACUGGUGGUGGAGGUCCGUGGCUCCAACGGGGCUUAUUACAAGGGCUUUAUCAAAGAUAUCCACGAUGACUCUCUCACCAUUGCCUUUGAGAACAAUUGGCAGCCAGAACGCCAGGUGCCCUUCAAUGAUGUCAGGAUGCCACCACCCGCGGACGCUAAGAAAGAGAUUGGAGAGGGCGAGGAAGUGGAGAUCCUCUCCAGAGCCAAUGACCAGGAGCCUUGUGGUUGGUGGUUGGCUAAAGUCCGCAUGAUGAAAGGAGAUUUCUAUGUGAUCGAGUACGCAGCCUGCGACGCCACCUACAACGAGAUAGUCACCUUUGAGCGUCUGCGUCCGGUUAACCCCAACGAGGCAAUCACCAAGAACUCCUUUCACAAGUGCAUCGUCCCUAUUCCUCAGGAUCUACAAGAAGCGUGCCAGAGUGAGAACGCUCAUAAGGAAUUUAAGAAAGCCGUUGGAGCCUGUCGCAUCUCAUACUGCCCUGAGGCCAGCGAGCUUGUGAUUGUGUCCACCAACGAAUCGACAGUGAAGCGUGUGUCUUUGCUGAGUGACAUGCACCUGCGCAGCCUCAGGACCAAGCUGUUGCUAAUGUCACGCAACCAAGAGGCCACGAAACACCUGGAGAGCUCCAGACAGCUGGUGUCAUCCUUCCAGGAGGAGUUUAUGGUGAGAACGGAUCUGAUGGGCCUGGCCAUUGGCAGCCACGGCAGCAACAUCCAGCAAGCGCGGAAAGUUCCAGGUGUCACUGCCAUCGAGUUGGAUGAGGAAACCGGCACUUUCAGGAUUUAUGGAGAGACAGCAGAAGCCGUAAAGAAGGCCAGAAACUUCCUGGAGUUUAUCGAGGAUUCUGUCCAGGUGCCAAGAAACCAUGUUGGCAAAGUGAUUGGUAAGAACGGUAAGGUCAUUCAGGAGAUUGUGGACAAGUCUGGCGUGGUGAGGGUCAGGAUAGAAGGAGACAAUGACAACAAGCAACCCCGACAAGAAGUAAGCCUGCUACUGCAACAUGUACUGACAAGUGUCACCUGUUGUGUUUGCAUAUUUAAAAAUGAUCUUCUCUCUUGUCUCACGUUUUGGUUCAGUCACUGUUCGCCCCAUACUUACUUUUGCGUUGUGUUUUGUUUUGUUUUGUCGACACAGGGAAUGGUCCCCUUCACCUUUGUCGGCACUAAGGAGAGUAUUGGCAAUGUUCAGGUCUUGCUGGAGUACCACAUCUCUUACCUCAAUGAGGUUGAUCAGCUGCGCCUGGAGCGGAUGCAGAUUGAUGAGCAGUUACGUCAGAUCACCCAGGGCCACCGACCGGCCGACAGGGAGAGAGGAGACAGAGGAGACAGAGGGGACAGAGGAGACAGAGGAGGAGGCUAUAAUGCUGAUGGCAGUGCAAAUGCCUCCUCGUCCAACGUACAUGGCAGCCGCUCUUACAACGGACGAGGCCGUGGGCGCAGAGGCCACAGCUACAGCACUGGAUAUGGCACCAACUCGGAGCAGUCCAAUGCCUCUGAGACUGACUCUGAGCGCAAGGAUGAGCUCAGUGACUGGUCCCUGGCUGCAGAGGACCAGGACAGGGAGAGGGAGAGAGGCCAGCGUCCACAAAGAGGUAGGAGGCCAGGACCGGGCAGAGGCCGAGGAGGCCCUGGAGGACGGGGAAGAGGAGGAAGAGGAGGAUACAGCAACAGCUCUGCAGGGCCUCGGGAUAAUGAUGAUAACAACGCUUAUGGAGUCUUGGAGACAAACACUGAGACGGACCAGACGGCCGAUACAGAUGCCAGCGAGUCAACCUUGCCCGCCAACCGCCGCCGGAGAUCUCGACGACGCAGAACAGAUGAGGACGCCACACUGAUGGAUGGCAUGAGCGAGUCGGACAAUGCCUCAGUGAGCGAAAAUGGGAUAGAUGACUCUGAAGCUCAGCCUCAGCGCCGUAACCGUAGUCGACGUCGCCGCAUCCGCCUGCCUGAAGAGAGGCAGCCAGUGACAGUGGCUGACUACAUAUCCCGGGCUGAAUCUCAGAGCAGGCAGAUGACAGCCCAGGACCCCAAGAAAAACAAAGAUGUGGUUCAGGUGGAUGCCAUUGCUGAGCACAGCCCGCCGUCUAUCCCGACAACCACCAACGGCUCUAACAGCAACAACGCUGCUGACAGUGAGGACAGCAACGCCCCAAGGUCUCCUGAGAGGCCCGCCACAGUCUCCUACAUGGAGGACUCUAACCCGCAACCCGUUGUUAACGGACUCUCCUAGUAGCCCACAGCAAAAGGAAAUGGUUUCAAAUAUUUCAACUUCUCUGGCUGCGCUUGAUUGAACCCCUGUUGUCUCUUGAGCAGCCUCAAAAGUGAAUCUUAACAUUUAAAUACAACAAGCACUGUCCUUUUUUACUUUAGGAAUAUUUGAAACCUGUUCCACUCUGCAAAUUUUAGAGGUCUGUACCUUAACCUCCCCUUUACACGUGUUCUGUCCAACUAUACAUGUUGUUACUGUUGUUUUAUUUUGGUUUGUCGUUUUUUUUUUUUUUUAACAAUAGUUCUUCCCGUAUGAGCUUGCCAAAGAUAGUCAAACACACACAGACUUACAGUCAUCUCUAUGUAACUGUACUUUUCAGUCCACUCUUCAUUGAGAGCUCACUCAGGGAGAGGAAGGACUGAAUGCAGUAUUUAUAAAAAAUGUAGACAGGGAUUUCACUCAAAACCAUACUGUGGUAUGAAUGCAGCAGAUCUUUUUUAUUGGUAAAAAAACAAAAAAAAUAUCAUAGCAGGGUUGAGGAAAAAAAAAAAAAAAACGGAAAAAAUGUCUGUCUUUUACCAGGUGGACACGGAUAAGAAGCUUCCACUUUUUUUCAGGAUGUUUUGUGCAUCUGAAGUAGUUUGUACCUUAAUUGUUCUGCAUGAACAGUACCACAGUGCAGAUAGGUUUGUUGGAAACCAGAGUAUGUUUGACAUACAUGUGAUCAGCUGUUGUGCCUUGAGAGUAGUUUCAACAUGUUGUUGCCUGGCUCUGCACACUAUCUGAAAUCUUUUCACCUAUUUCUGUGUUUCUUAGUUGCCCUCGCCUGCCACAGUUGAACCAGAUGAACUGUCUUUUUGUGCUAAUUGUUUCCUCAUGGCGCUGUAAGCAGGCGGAGGCAAACACUGAAAGACCCUAAAAGGAUUUCAGAGGCAUAUCUUUUUAAAAUCAGGUGUGUCUGUUCUUAAUGUUUGUGGGGAAAAUGAGUCCAGUUUAUCCUUUAUAUAUAUCUGUUGAGGAGUUUGACGUUAGCUGCUUUCUGUUUUUCAAUAUGCAACCACUUCGGUCAUAGAAGAAAUGUUAUUACGGCGUGUCUGGAAAAGAAACAAUAGGAAAGUUGUUUUCUUUGCACUGAAACAUAACCUUUUUCUGUUAAUUGUAGUUGGGUCUGGAAACUGGCCUGUUACUGUGUAGUGCUGGACAGAUGUAGCCAUCAGUGCUGGUCUUCCUGGAAACAUCUCACAGCGAACCACUGGGGCAGUUUUUGAUCAAAUGUAAUGAGAUGGAUGAUGCGACGGUUGUUUCCUCCCAGACAUCCAUUUAACUCAAGAGAUUCAAAGCAUGUUUUUAUGUGUUAAUCAUAAAGAUUAACAACACCCUUCACAUGCCUACUCUUGCUACCUGUUUGACCAAUAAGAAGCAGCAGGUAAAGACUACCUUGUGGUGUUGAUGUUUCUAGAAAACCAAGCCCAGGUGACAAUGAUGUCAUUUUCAUGGUUCUUCCACAAACCGGCUGGCUGGAAACUGGUCACGACUGUUCCACUAAGGAAGGAGAUUUAUUUGGUUUAUUUAUUUUUAAAAAAUGUACAGUAUUUAAAAAAAACAAACAAACAAAAGAAACUUCUUUCUUGACACUAAAACAUACGAUGCCUGUCGUUUUCUUCUCUGAGACAAAUGACAAUUUGGACUACUGACAGUUGUGACAUCCCAAGUAUUUUUGUUGGGUCGACUACAGUAUGGGUUUUUUUUGUGUUUUUUUUUUUUUUUUUAAAGGAUCGUUCUGGUUGGUUGAUGUGCAAUAUGUUUUGUAUGCAGGUAGUUCUUAAAUAAACUUGAUCUUCCAUGUAGAUCUAAAACUCAA